CUAGGUGUGGCCCGCACGCCGCGCCCCCGCCGCCAGCCCCUGGCCGCGUCCUCGCGGGAGCCGCCUCUUCCUUUAGUUGCGGUGUCCGCGCUCGCGGGGGGCCACUCUCUGCCGUCGCCGCCGGUGCCCCUCGCUCCUCCGCUCCUCGCCGCCACCGACGACAUGUUGCGCUGCGGCCUGGCCUGCGAGCGCUGCAGGUGGAUCCUGCCCCUGUUGCUGCUCAGCGCCAUCGCCUUCGACAUCAUCGCGUUGUCCGGCCGCGGCUGGGUACAGUCGAGCACCCACCUCCAGACUUCCUCGCUCUGGUGGAGAUGCUGGGACGAGGGCGGCGGCAGCGGGUCCUACGACGAUGGCUGCCAGAGCCUCAUGGAUUAUGCGUGGGGACGAGCGGCUGCCGCUACACUCUUCUGCGGCUUCAUCAUCCUGGUCAUCUGCUUCAUUCUCUCCUUCUUCGCCCUGUGUGGACCCCAGAUGCUCAUUUUCCUGAGAGUUAUUGGAGGCCUCCUCGCCCUGGCUGCUGUAUUCCAGAUCAUCUCCCUGGUAAUCUAUCCAGUGAAGUACACACAGACCUUUGACCUCCAUAGUAACCCUGCUGUCAAUUACAUCUACAACUGGGCCUAUGGCUUCGGAUGGGCGGCCACCAUCAUCUUGAUUGGCUGUUCCUUCUUCUUCUGCUGCCUCCCCAACUACGAGGAUGACCUGCUAGGCAAUGCCAAGCCCAGGUACUUCUACACAUCUGCCUAAUGUCAGAGAGAGACCCCAAGAGAAGCCCUGCUGCAAGAUGGGUCCCGAGGAGGAAACUGUCCCCUGAGUCACAAGGAACCUACGUUUGGGCAGUGUUCAUGUGAUCAGAAAUGCUGGAAUAAAUACUAAAGAAAAUGCUUCGUAAAUCAUGUUAAGUUUCAUGUCCUGUGUGUGUCUUGUGAAGUUAAAAAAGACUUGUUUCUGUUUGCUAGUUAUGUACUAAUUCUUCUUGUAUCACAUCUAUAUCAUUAGGCUGCAUUUGUUAAAGAGCAUGUGUGCGAAACUUAAUAAAAUGGAAACGAGAUGGAAGCUUUGGUUUUUCAAGUUAGAAUGGAUUGUUUCUACUAAGAGCUAAUUUCAAUGAUCAAAUUCCCUGAAAAAUUAAUGCAAAGAACACAACAGACUUUUUUGAGUUUUCAGUUACGUGGAGAAGCAGCCUGAUGACUCUAAGGCUAAAUUUAGAUUUUCCUAAAUGAGCAUCGCUGGUGAGGCUUGCUGGUUAGUGUUUUGAACAAUGGCCUUCUCCCUAAGCUUUUUGUUGACUCGCGCUGAUGUGCGGGAAAGUGUUCUAAUACGGUCAAAGCAAGUAACAAUAGUCAGGCCGCUGUCACCGCUGAACUGCUAUAGCGAAGUUCCCUCUUUGACUGUAGUUUAGGGGGUAGGGUGUGGGAAGAAGCCAUAUUAAAUCUGUACAGUUUCAUGUCUAUAUGUUCAGAACCAGCACAGACCGGAUGGGAAGAUGGACUACGGCUGGUUCAUCCUGAUGGGUGGAUGAGAUGAGGUUGGGUAGGAAGGCAUCGGAGGGGAUCACUGUAACAGCAAGGUCCUUCAAACAUCCUGCGGAGAAGAAAUGUCAGUUCCUCAGCUCAGCCUCCGCUGGGCCCUGCUGAGGAUCAGUUGGGAUAGAUUUUAAUUGUAACAGAAACCUAAAUAGAAUGAAAAACCUGGUCUUCCUUAAAAUGUCUGAUAUGAUACACACAACUGGAGAAUUCAGGAAUGAGUUCUGCAUAGACACUGGAUGGGCUGUUAUUAGUAGUGUUUUUAUCAUUUGUACUUACGUUAUGGAAACUAGCUUGUUUUAUACAGCAGAUCACUAUUUUUUAAGUUGCAGCAACGGCAAUUGUGGUUUUCAUUUCCAGCUUCCCCCAAUAAACCAGGUGUUCAAAUCCUGA